AUGCCACUGUACAGGCGAACCCGGCCCACGCCCAUCCAGAUUUAUCGAAGACAAGAGUCUAGUAUAGGGCCAACAGAGACAGGUCUUCCCAGCCCCGAAAGCCCAGACUCGCCAACGGAGUCCCCAUUAAGUUCUCCAGAUUCGCCCGAGAGCAAAGAAGGCGACAUAGAGGGUGAUGAAAGCGGUGAUGAGGAUGAGGAGCAAGAAAACACUGCAAGUCAGUCUGGCGUGCCUGGACCAUCGCCGAGUACCUCAGAAACGGGACCAGUCCCUACUUCUAUCGACGGAAGCCAGACGACAUCCCUAGACCCGAAUCUAUCAACAAGUACCACUUCCGUCGCUGGACCACCGGAACAAGCGCUGCCAACCACGGUGAACACCAAUGGCUCCCCAACCAUAACUGCGCAACCACAAAUCACAAAUGGACCUUCCACACUGGCUUCUGGUAGCUCCUUCUCGGAAGGGUCGACAUCGGCUUUGACGAAUAUUUCUUCAGGUUUACCCAAUCCCGGACUAGACCCAGUUACUUCCACUCUAGCGACAAGUACUGUUCCAUCUGCAGCACAAUCCGAGGUUGCGGGCAACGCUGGUAGCUCUAGCAUAGGGCAGGAUCAGCCACAAAGAGCUACGCAAAACGAUGGGGGCGGCGGCGGCGGGAUGAGCAAAGCUGCGGAAGCUUCUUUGAUAACCUUCUCGAUACUAGGUGGUAUCGCUGUUUUGAUCGCGGUAAUAAUUUUCUUGAGAAAACGCAAUCGCGCCAAACGACAAAGCCAUCUGCGACACGCGGAAGACGCAUUCGAUCCGGGCAAUACUGGUACCCUUCAACAACCCGAGACGGUACACACAAGCCAUUUUACUCGUUCAACCACCAACACGGCAUCCCUAUUUGGAGGAGAUCACUACCAGCGACCAGAGACAGUGUCAACAGACAAUGGCCGUUCACGCAUCGCACCGCCCCAGCCUACACCAAACCCAUUUGCGGAUCCGCCCCUGAACAAAGCAUACGACGUAUUACGCGGUCGUCCAAGAUCUACCACACUCACCGAUCGUGGAAGUUGGACCCAGAAUCCAUUCCAGAACCCCAUCAGUGAGCGAUUUGACCCAUUUGGCGAGUUACAAGACAAGGCGAGAGCAGAAAGGGAAAGAUACAUGGAGGAGUUACAGCAUGAGCACGAUGUUCUCCAGAAAGAAAGGAUGGGCUUGUCGAAGUAA